AUUCGCAAUGAGCUCGAUACGCUUCACCGGCUAGCCAUGGCCUUCGCUACCGGCCAGCGAGCAGAUAUUAGGCCGCUAUUUGAACGAUACCAUUUUUUGAGAUCGAUUUACAAGCACCACUCCAAUGCUGAAGACGAGGAGCUCUGCUGUUGUCUGUAAGGAAGUAGUUCAACUGAAUGUAGUUCGGAGGGGGAUGAUAGGAAUACUGAGGAUUCAACAAUAAUGAGCUUGUACAUUAAAUUAAAUAUGAAAGGAGCUAUCAAGACAAGAGUCAGUUGUUGGAUUUUUUUGAUUUGACUAGAUAUGAAUUUCUAGUGGCUUUUGCUGCCUCCUGCUUGAAAAAGGAGUGAGUUAGAAGAAGCUGUCUUACAAAGGCUGCAAUGAGCCAUGGGAUAUUAUUUUGCAACAUUGAGCUUUUUAUCCUAUAUUUUAUAAAAAUGGCCAUGGGGUUCAAACACCCCUUCUGUGAGAGAACAGCUGGAUUAACAGAAAUUUCUGGGAUGGAUUAUCAGGAAUGUUACAAUGUUCUUAUUUUCCUCUGUUCAUUUUCUUCCCACUUGCUGUUACAAUCCUUACUUCUAAAAACAUAUAUCUGGACUUGCAGGUAAUUUUUCCUGCCCUUGAUAUUCGCGUGAAGAAUGUGGCACAAACAUAUUCUCUUGAACACAAGGGUGAAAGCAAUUUGUUUGAUCAUCUUUUUGAGCUUCUUAAUUGUAAUACACAAAAUGACGAAAGCUUCCCAAGGGAGUUAGCAUCCUGCACUGGUGCCUUAAAGACAUCUGUGAGCCAGCACAUGGCUAAGGAAGAAGAGCAGGUAUUUCCCUUGCUUAUAGAAAAGUUCUCAAUUGAAGAGCAGGCAUCUCUCGUUUGGCAGUUCUUCUGCAGUAUUCCUGUGUACAUGAUGGCUCAAUUCCUCCCUUGGCUUUCAUCAUCUGUUUCACCUGAUGAAUUUCAGGAUCUACAGAAAUGCUUGAUUAAGGUAGUCCCUGAGGAAAAACUUCUCCAACAGGUCAUAUUUACUUGGAUGGAAGCGAGAAGUUGUGACGAUCUAUCAACAAGUUGGUUUGGUGAUUCUCUAGUUGGACAUCAUACAGAUCCUGCUACUGAUACAUCAAAUCAUCAAACCGAAAAUGUAAAUUGUGCUUGUGAAUUGGCCAGCCAUGGAAAAAGAAAAUACUUGGAGUCAAGUUCUGAGACAUCAGAUUAUGUGGCAACUCAUCCAAUCAAUGAAAUACUGUUUUGGCAUAAUGCCAUCAAAAGAGAGCUGAAUGACAUAGCUGAGGAGGCUAGGAAGAUACAACUUUCUGGGAACUUCAGUAAUCUAUCAACUUUUAACGAGAGGUUGCAAUUCAUAGCUGAAGUUUGCAUAUUUCAUAGUAUUGCCGAGGACAAGGUAAUCUUUCCUGCAGUAGAUGGAGAGUUUUCUUUUCUCCAGGAACAUGCCGAAGAAGAAAGUCAAUUCAAUGAGUUUAGGUGCCUGAUUGAAAAUAUUCAAAGUGCAGGGGCUAGUUCUACUUCAAGAGCUGAGUUUUAUGUGAAGUUGUGUUCUCAUGCUGAUCAAAUAAUGGAUACCAUUAAGAGGCAUUUCCAUAAUGAAGAAGUUCAGGUUCUUCCACUUGCUAGAAAGCACUUCAGUUUCAAGAGACAACGGGAAUUAUUGUAUCAAAGCUUGUGCAUGAUGCCUUUGAAAUUGAUUGAACGGGUCUUGCCAUGGCUGGUAGGAUCAGUGAAAGAAGUUGAAGCUAGAGAUAUACUCAAGAACAUUCAGUUGGCAGCUCCAGCUAAAGAUACUGCUCUGGUGACUCUCUUUUCUGGUUGGGCUUGCAAAGCGCGUAAUAAUGGUUUGUGCUUGUCUUCAAGAGCAGUUGGCUGUUGUGCAGUUAAAAGGCUUACUGACAUUGAAGAAGACAUUGUUCAAUCAUCUUGUUCAUGUGCCCCUGCAUUGGCUGCAAGGGAAAGUCCAAAAUCAGAUCCCGAAACUAAUGGUAAUGUCAAGAGGCCAGCCAUACGAAAUGUAUCAAUGGCAUGCAGAAGCUGUGAUGGCCGUAUUGCUUUGGAGACUGUUAAUAUCCAACAGCAAUGUUGUAGUGAUCAGUCCUGCCAUGUUCCAGCUUUAGGAGUAAACAUCAAGAAUCUGGGGUUAAGUUCUAUUUUCACUUCCAAGUCUAUGCGAUCUUUAUCUCCCAGCUCUUGUGCACCAUCUCUCAAUUCCAGCCUUUUUUCAUGGGAAACGGAUUGUGCCUCUUCUGAUGUUGGGUCUGCAGGACGUCCUAUUGAUACUAUUUUUAAAUUUCACAAAGCUAUACGCAAAGACUUGGAAUAUUUAGAUGUUGAAUCUGGAAAACUUAGUGAUUGUGAUGGAACAUUUCUCCGGCAAUUUAUUGGAAGAUUUCGCCUUCUAUGGGGGUUAUAUAGAGCCCAUAGUAAUGCUGAAGAUGAUAUCGUAUUUCCUGCUCUGGAAUCCAAAGAGACAUUGCACAAUGUAAGUCACUCGUAUACACUAGACCAUAAGCAGGAGGAAAAAUUAUUUGAGGACAUUUCAUGUGUUCUCUCUGAGAUUUCACUCCUCCAUGAAAGUUUGCAUGAGGUUCCGUUGGAUGAGAGUUUUUCCAGAAGUAUUGUUGGGUCUGUUAAUGUGGUGGGGAAGGAUUGUAACAGAAAAUACAACGAGCUUGCUACAAAGCUUCAAGGAAUGUGCAAAUCUAUAAGAGUCACUCUGGAUCAGCAUAUAUUUAGGGAAGAACUUGAACUUUGGCCGCUGUUUGGGAAACACUUCUCCAUAGAAGAGCAAGACAAAAUAGUUGGCCGUAUCAUUGGAACCACAGGUGCUGAAGUUCUCCAGUCAAUGUUGCCAUGGGUAACAGCAGCACUUACUCAGGACGAACAGAAUACUAUGAUGGAUACAUGGAAGCAAGCCACAAAAAACACCAUGUUCAAUGAAUGGCUCAAUGAAUGUUGGAGAGGGACUGCGUCGUCUACUUUAAAUGGUGAAACAUCAGAAGCAUGUGUUGCCGGAAAAGAUUCUGGGCUCAUUGAGAGCUUGGAUCAGAAUGAUCAAAUGUUCAAGCCUGGUUGGAAAGAUAUUUUUCGCAUGAACCAAAAUGAACUUGAAUCAGAAAUCAGAAAGGUUUAUCAGGAUUCGACUCUUGAUCCAAGGAGAAAAGCAUAUCUCGUGCAGAAUCUUAUGACCAGUCGCUGGAUUGCUGCACAGCAGAAAUUACCUCAAACAAAUGUUGAAGAUAAUUCCAAUGGUGAAGAUGUAGCAGGACGAACAGCAUCUUUUCGCUGUGCUGAGAAAAAUGUGUUUGGGUGUGAACAUUACAAAAGAAACUGCAAGCUUCUUGCUGCUUGCUGUGGGAAGUUAUUUACCUGUCGAUUCUGUCAUGACAAUGUCAGCGAUCACUCAAUGGACAGGAAAGCAACAUCAGAGAUGAUGUGCAUGAACUGUCUAACAAUUCAACCAGUUGGGCCAAUAUGUACAACACCUUCUUGCAAUGGAUUGUCAAUGGCGAAAUACUAUUGCAAUAUUUGCAAAUUUUUUGAUGAUGAAAGGGCCGUGUAUCAUUGCCCAUUUUGCAACUUAUGCCGUGUUGGGAAGGGUCUUGGAAUUGAUUUUUUCCAUUGCAUGAUUUGCAAUUGUUGUCUUGGGAUAAAGCUGGAGAGCCAUAAGUGCCUGGAGAAAAGUUUAGAAACGAAUUGUCCCAUCUGUUGUGAUUUCUUAUUUACAUCCAGUGCAACAGUCCGACCUCUACCCUGUGGUCAUUACAUGCAUUCAGCUUGCUUUCAGGCUUACACUUGCAGCCAUUAUACCUGUCCUAUUUGUAGCAAGUCCUUGGGAGAUAUGGCGGUUUAUUUUGGCAUGCUUGACGCCUUGUUGGCUGCUGAGGAGCUGCCGGAAGAGUACAGGGAUCGUUGCCAGGACAUAUUGUGCAAUGACUGUGAGCGGAAAGGCACAUCGCGGUUCCAUUGGCUAUAUCAUAAAUGUGGGUUUUGUGGAUCAUACAACACUCGGGUGAUCAAGAAUGAUAGCACAUCUGCUGAUUGCCCCGCUUCCAAUUAGUGAGAGAUUUCUUUUACGGUGACAAAAAGUAUAUAUUCACGCCUUUUUAUUGCUUUCAUUUGUACAUAUUGAUGUCGAUCCCUCUCCACCAGGAAACUGGUUUUUUGUUACAUCUAAUAUACACACAACACGUUGUUCAUAUCGGUCUCUAUGUAGAUGUCCUUUUUAUAUGGCUUCAAGAUUCAUCAUCCGAACUGUAAAAUUGAAUUUACUUUGAAAAUUCAAUAUUCAUAGAACAACAUCAUUGUCUAUGUGUUAA